AAACCAAGCGCACCCUGAAUCAGGGGAAGUCCGUGCCACGUGACAAUGUUUACUUUUACCUGCACAGUGAGCAGCAGCAGCAGCCCGGGGUGGACUGAGUGACAUGAUCCUCUGAUCAGGCGGCACAGCUGAAUGAAAGACAUGAGCGCCUCCAGACAGAGAGCAAAAGACCUGGUGACCGCCUAUGAUCACAGUCUGGAGCGUCAGAUCGUGGCACAUGGCUCCAGCUUGGCGUGUCGAGAUGAGGAGCUGUGGAAGCAGGUAGAGGGGCCGCUGAGGGAUGGGGAUGCUCGAGACACACACUGCCUGGGUCUGGACCCGCUGAGGGUGAUGGAGGAGUCGCUCGCAGCAGCGGCAGCAACAGCAGCCGGCACGGGACGAGUCCGAGCCAGAGGAGGGCUGCGGGGCCUGGAGAGAGCCUUUGAGGUCCUGGAACAAGCAGCUCUGAACCUGUACCUGUGUCCCUGGAGGGAGGAGUUCAAAGUGGUCAAGAUGUACUCCGGUAUGUUCACACACUACAUUAAACCGGUGCUGUCGAUGCCACAGAUCGAGAAGCUGUUCGGCCUGCUGGGAUACCAGCUCGGCUCCUCUCGACACGAGAAGCUCCAUCUCAACUCUCACGGAGUCAGUCCUGCCUCUCUGGAAGACCUCCUCUGCCUGUCCUGUGCCUUCCUCUUGGCCCGCUGCGAGUGUCACCUCCUGCUGACGGCUCUGGGAGGGCACGCUGGUGACGUCCAAUGGGAACUGAGUGUGGUGAGGGAGAGACUGACGGGACACAGCCUGCAGGUCGCCCUGGACAACACCAACAAGAUGCUCAAAGUGGAGCAGCAGCUAAUGGAGCAUGCUGAUGGAGAAGUGGACGUGGAUCUGUACACAGAUGUUCAGGAAAACGGGCAUCAGAGGAGGGCAGUGGUCACUGACGACGAGAGCCCCAGAUCUUUAUCCUGGAUGACUCCAAACGAUGCAUCACCCCCUUCAGUCAAAGCACAAAGCAACGGAUUAACAUCUUUGCCCUCCUCCUCCACCUCCCUGUCCACCAGAGAGCACACCUGCGUCUCCACUCUGAACUGCCAGCUCAGCAAGACGGCAGUGCCCGAGUCACACACCGCCAGGAGCUCCUCCAGCAGUGCGAGGCAGCGCAGACGUCUGGCUGCAGACUCGCAGUCACACAGUCUGCAGGCGGAGGUCUGCAGGAGUGAAGCUGCAGCCGACCACACGUGCAGCUGUCUCCAAUCUACUCAUGUCUGCAUUCAACUCUGCAAAGACUGCAACAGCCUCCAUGAUAUGUCCUGUGCCUUGCUGGACCAUUGCAAGGGAGAUGAUCACCACGUGAUUUCCCCUGACAAUCCCUCAGAAGAGGUGAGAAGAUCCCGAGCUGUGGGUCAGCACGAUGGAAGCUUCCGAGUGAGAACAUCCCCCAAUCUCAGCAGCAGCAGCAGCGCAGCCAUGUCCUCCUUAGCUCUACGAGAUGAGCCCAACACAGUGACUGCACCAAUCAGCUACCACGACUGCUGUGACCUCAGCCAGCCGGACCCUCAGGUCCUGUGUCACAGCUGCAGUGUGUUCCACGCUGGGUCCUGCAAAGGGAUAUCUUACUGCCAGAGUGAGCAGCAUCUUCUGAAGGAGCUGGGCAUGUGCCCCUGUGGGAGGGAAGCUUCCAGAGAGCCUCUGGUUCUGUGCAGAUAUUGUGGGAACCAGUACUGUAGGGAUUGCUGGUAUCGAAGUCCUUUCGAAUGCACCUGUGGUGAAAAGUUUGACCAGUCCACCUCUGUGUGAUCGGACCGGGUCUUUCUGCACUCAUGAGGCACAACUGGCCAAACCACAGUGCCUUAAUAAUCAGAGAUUCAAAUGUUGCCUUGACGCUGAGACGCAGUACAGAGUGUGAUUACAUGUCUUCACUUCAAUCCUCUCUGAAACGUGCAUUUAUUUCUUAAACACUUUGUCACAGCGGCCAUAUUUACUACGUCAACAUGUCUGCAGUGUAGUGACCUGCUGAGACGUUGACACCACUCUGUGCUCUUUGGCCACUUCAAUGUACCUUUAUGUGAAGCACAUGGAGUUUGUCUGUUUUCAUCUGUAUGUGUUGCCUGAACACAGACUGUAUUAAAGGUCAAUGUGUCAACA